GGUUUUCAAUUAAAACUUCUUUGCUGUACUUCUUGGAAUAGUACAUCAACGUAUCAACGUCUAUUCGAAAACUCUCUGAUCUCUACAGAUAACAAAUAGGAGCUUUGAUUGCAGCUGUCAUGAUUGUUAGUAAAUAAACUUAGAACAAAAACAUUUUCUAAAUGUGCAACUUGGGGGCAAUACUAGAACAGAUUUUAUGUUGUUUUCGCAUAUUUCUAGAAAAAUGUCUAUGUUACAUCUGUCCGCCGUUGUACAGAGCAUUCUUCGCAGAGUGCAAUCAGAAGAAUAGCCUGAGACUCACUAGUUUUAUUUGUGGCUUCUGUCUGGGACAGGCUUACUAUUACUAUUUAUUGAAAAGAAUUCCGUUCCCAAACUCCGUUGGACUUAUUUUGUCUUUAGUUAUAAGUGUAUUGCUUGGUAUAGGUAACGCAAUAUCAAUACAAAUAAGAUGUAUAUGUCUGCUUAUAUUUCCCAUGUAUUUUGGAAAAACUGGCCGGGGAGUGCUGAAGGCAGUCGUCUUGACCUACGUAGUGGCAGGUCCUAUCACGAACAUGGGUCUGAAUGCUCGAGAAGUGGUGAGAGUCUUCGCGUGCAGCACACAGCUCUCGUUCAACCUGUCCAAGGAGAGGUACAACCUCAUGCUAGAGCCAAUCAAGAAGACGGCGCUCAGCCUGCAGCAUGAGAUGGACCAAAUGAAGAAUGCGCUUAGAUCUGUGCGUGAUAUAGUGGCGCCUAUAGAGCUUGAGAUCGAGAACGUGGAAGAAGUAGCAAGGAAGCAGGAACAGAAUGAUAACUUGGAUCUUCUCUUCAAGACGUUAUUGCGAUCGUCAGGGAUUGAAACCAAGUAUCUAAAUAUCCCAGAAAAAGGGUUAGAGGAUCAUUUUCAAAAACUAUACGAAAAGAAGUUGGAAUAUAGAUGCGAAUAUGAGUUAACAGAAGCUAAAAAAGUUUGUAUUGAAGCAUUUUCCUUGGCUUACAAUACGUGUUGUGAUAAAGUGCGCCACGUCGACGCCUGGCUGUUGUGUUGGCCUCUGAGAUUUAAAUACGCCUGCAAUUUCUUAAGCUUACUCCAACAGGGCGAUACUUGUGAUAGCAGGGAACAGGUGGACCAUGGCCUAGGAGAAGGUUACGUAGCUCUAAAGGAAGCGACGCGAGAGUUGACCGGUGGAUUGAAUAACGUCAACCUGAAAUAUAAAAUUACCUUUCAACGCGUGCUGUAUGAUAUACAGGAUGCAAAAGAAACUGGGGACCGUGUCCUGCAUUCCUUUGAAGAGAAGCACUUAGUCAUGGGCGUGGUCAUCACCACACUGAACGUGUGUAUGGCCAUCCUAUUCCUAAGGAUAGUGUUAGCCGCCAUAACGUACCAUGAUAUGUACCUCACCAAUAUCACCUUCGAUAAUCUCUACAUAACGGGUUAUUUUAAAUACUUGGAUGAGAUGAGAAAAAGGAAGAAUGAAAUUACACUGUUACCGCUUAAAAAGAUGGAGCGAAGUAAAUAUGUGGACAUAUACUCCAUGUCGUAUGUGAGGACUCAGCACAGUAAGCUGGUGACGCAGAUCUUGAAGGUGAUGUUAGAAGUAGUGACUGCCACCACGUUCGUGAUGCUGGACCGGCUGUUCUAUGAGGCUCUGGACGUGGUGCGCCAACAUGCACACCUCGAGUUCAUUCAUCAAGGAACACAGGAUUUGAAAAUAGAGGUGGAAGGUACAGGUCUCCUAGCGAAUCUUCUCCGCAAACUGAUCAGCAAUCUGUCAUCAACUCGGGACAGUCGACUAGUGGUGACGAACAAGCUGUGUGUCCCACAGCCGCGCGCCAUGCCGCCCAUAUACUUCUUAAAGAUCUAUGGUGGAUACGUCUGGAUACUGUUUCUGCUGUAUAUUAACCCAUAUACAUUGAGGCUGAGGAGACUAAUCUGCAGUUACUUUUAUCCUAUGCGUGAGAGGCAGCGAGUGUUACAUCUCUACAAUGAUAUUCUUAAGAAACGAAUGAAAAUGGAUAAAACAUUGCGCAGAAAAGCAGUCCAAGCCGUACGAACAUACUACCUCUCUGGAGAAAACCUCCUCAGUUUGCGGAUGAAGUUCCCCUACUUACUGGGCUGGUUGGAUGCUCUACCCGCUGCCAGGAUGACCUGUCUCAUAUGUGGAGAGACAGAACCUAGGAGUGGUCAUCGGAUCCCAGGACGAUGGCACCGCUGCAGUCUGCCAACAUGUCCGUUUGUGUACUGUGCGGAGUGCUGGCAGGAGGCGGGAGGGCGCUGCCUCGCCUGCGACCCCUCCCUCAACGAGCUGAGUGACGUCGACUCCCUCAGCGAUGAUGAUUUACUCCGAUAUUAAUCACAGAUUGAAGAUAUCAUCGAUAAAAUCAUGAAGUGAAAAAUUCCAGAAUUAUUGGCGUCCAUUUGGCAUUCGGUUUGUCUGUAAUACGAUGUUACCUACAUCCCUACGACCCGCCCCGGCUUAGCGCGCCUCGCACGAGUUUUUGCCUCGACCGUCCCAACGAAUUCUUUUUACAAACUGUCUCUUUCCCUCAUACGAAUGUCCUUGUCAUGAUAAUAACAAACACGACAAUAGAAACGUAUUAUCUAAUUUGGUGCAGUUGUUGAGGAGAUAUGUGCCUACAAGCGUACAGAUACUGGUUGAACUGAUAAACUGAUUCACUUCACUAACUCCGGAUGUCCGGACAUACAUAUGCAAAUUGUCCUUUUAAAAUCAUGUUAAAAGUCUGUGAUUUUCGACGAAUCAAUAAAAUCUUAUUUACAUGACACUUUGUAAUGAAUUACCUACAAUACUAUUUAUAAUACCAAUAAA